UUGCUGUUGAUUAUCGACAGGAAUGGAUCGAUAACUAUGAAAAGUCAUCCCAAUGGUUAACAAAACAAUAUAAUGGAGAUAUUGCUCUCGAGAACGAAAUCAUGGAAUGUGUCAAAGAGUUCGUUGUUUCAAGAUGUGAAGUCGACAAUGAAGCUAUUGAAGCCGAUAAUAGCUUUAUCUCAGCUAUAAAGACCAAAGAUGCUGCAAUAAAAGAAGAGAACGAAAGAGAGAGGCAAAGAAAAA